UACAUAGAAGUGUCAACUUAUCAAAUUAUAAUUGACAAAAUAUAUUCAAGUAAAGAUAUUGUUUUGUUGGCAACGAUAACAAACCGCUUUUAUAUUUUGUAGUUUAUGAAACAGAAAAUUUAACAAUUUUAAGAUGUCCUUAACUUUACUAUUAGAGAAAUAUGAUGUUUCUACAGAGGAAGGUUUACAGAAGGCUUUGAAUGAAAUUGAAAAAGAAGAGUGUGAAGUGAAUGAGGCCUUAUCCAGUGCUCUGUCUCGCGCCUGCACUUUGGAAGGACGACUGCGUUCCGCCAGUCAGGCGUACUCAAAAUUGGGAGAAGUCAAGAACGAUGCUCAGGUGGCGGCAGACAUGGUAGACAAGACUGCUGCUUUAGCAAGAGAUGUCAGUGCUAAAGUGAGGCAACUGGACCUUGCUAGAUCUCGUGUUGCAGAAUGUCAGAGAAGAGUCCAUGACCUCAUAGACCUCAGGGUCUGUAGUGCUGGAGUUGAGGCUGCCAUCAAGGCUCAGGAUUAUGAAACUGCGGCUGGCCAUGUUUCUCGUUUCCUGAGUAUGGAGCCGGGGUCGGUGGCGGCCGCGAGGGCGAGGGGUCCCGACCCCCGGACCGACAUGGACGCCGCGGCCCGCACCCUGAGGGAUCAGCUCAGGAUCAAGUUCGAAGAGGCUGCGAAGAUAGAAGACGACGCGUCCGUGGAGAGGCUGUUCAGACUGUUCCCUGAGAUAGGACGCGCCGAGGAAGGGGUGGAGCUGCUCACCGGAUACCUCGCCGCGCAGCUCGAGGCGUCGCUCCGCCGCGCCGGCCAGUCCCGCAGCGGAGGCGCAGUGUUCGCGGACACUCUCACCAGAGCCCUGGAGACCGCGGCGGCCGCCGUGGAAAGACUCCGGAGACUCCUCCCGCCCUCGCGACAUAUGCUGCUCGUACAGGGACUGAGGGCGCUCCAGCCGACCGUGUGUUCGUCCGUCCGUCGUAUAUGGAGCGAGCUGUCUCCCCGCCCUCGGCCUCGACCUCCGCACGAUAAGCCCGACCCCCUCCGCCUGGAGCCCGCCCUCUCGGAGCUGGCGCUAGCUCUGUCCAGGAUGCAGCUCUACUUCAACUUCCUGAGACGUCGCCCCGAGCACGACGCCAGCCUGACCGACGACGCCAGGAGGGAGAGCGUGCGGGCCAUCGACAGGAUCAUAGCGGAGUGUGACAUGACGCUCACCGCGCAGGAACAUCUGGCGCACUACCUCGAGCUGGAGAGGUACUUCCUGGAGGAGAGCGUCAACAAGGCCAUGAAGCUGUCCGCCGCCAGCUGCGACGACCCCGGCUCCAGCCUUGUGGACGACGUGUUCUAUAUCACGAGGAAAGUCAUCAGGCGCGCGAUAUCCACGGGCAGUGUGGACGGGAUGUGUGCCGUCAUGAACGAGGCGGGCGCGCAGCUGGAGCGAGCGGCGCGGGCGCUGCGCAGGGGGCUCGCGGUCACCCCGCACGACGUGCUGCCGCUGGCGCCGCCCCGGACCACGCCCGCGCCCGCCCCGCCCGAGGCCGAGGUGUACCUGGCGCACCUGGCCGAGGCCGAGGCGGGGGCGGAGUGGACGGAGCGACUAGCCACCGAGGCCUGCUCGGAGGCGGAGGCGGCGGCCCGGGCGUCGGCCGGGGCGUGCGACAAGCUGCGCUCGUGUGCGGCGGGCCUUUCGGGCGCGGCGGCGUCCUUCCGCGCCGUCACCGAGCUGGGCGUGUCCUCGCUGAGGGCGGCGCUGCUCCCGGCCGUCACCGCCUGGGGCGACGCGCUCGUGGACCCGGACUCGGACGUCGAUGAGCUGGCGGAGGAGGCCGGGGCGCUACCGGCCGCCCUGGACACGCUGGCCGAGGUGCUCCGCGGGCGACUGGCGUCGGCCGGGGACCUGCUGCUCACCGGGGUGCUGGACGACCUGCUCACGCGAGCACACAGGACGCUACUUAAAAACACCUACGACAGGCGCGGAGGCCUGGCGACGGAGCGUCGUUGCCGCCGAGUCUCCCUGUGGGCGGGCACGGGAGCCCCGGCGGCCCGGGAGAAGGCCCGCGCCCUGAGCGCGGCCGCAGCGCUGCUGGCGCUAGAGAGGCUGGAACACGCGCCGGACGCCCUGCCGCCCGCAGCGCUCACACCCGCCGCCGCCAGGGACGUGCUCGCGAGACGAUCCGACUUCAAGCUGGAGGACAUCAAGCGUCUGAAGCUGUGAAGAUGCUGCAUCGUGUGACGCUGAAUGUGUUCCCUGCCGUAUUCAGAUACUGUAUCAGGCUUUGUAUGUAAAUUAAACUAUCACUAACGUAUUCGCUUUAUAAUUUUAUUAUAUCACAUCUAUCGAAUACUUCAGCAUCCGUGGCGACGGGCGAGCGCGGUGACAUAGUGUGUGAGUUGGUCUCGUUACUUGCCAUCUCCUUCCAAAGAUUUCUCAUUUUCCUAGCUCAUAGCCCUGAAAGCAAGCAGAAUGCUCUUAUGUCGAUGUUUGUGUCCAGCCGUUUAUUGUAUAGAAAUGAUACUCUUCACCGGCCUAUAUAAUUUUUUAUGUAAACCUUGAAUAUAUAGCCUUCUAUGUCAGGAGCCUCCUUCACAUAUGGUACUACAGGUCGUCGCUCAACUGUGGACUGCGUCAAGCGGUUCUGGUGAUGCUGGUGGUAUCCCGGCUGCUUGUGGUUCCAGUCUUGGUAUGGAUGUCGACCUCAGUGGUGCCGCUUUUGCUUUUGUACUAGGAGCUACAAGUUCCUGUUCCCCAGAACAGUACUGCGGAGGACGCCGAUUCACUAGUGUCAGUGAACACGUGAAUCUGUAGCGGUAUUCUGUCAGUGUACGGAUAUCGUGUGAUAUUAAGUGUGACGUCUGUUCUCUUCAUUGUUCCGCCAAAUCUUCUUCGUUUCCCCGUCCCUCCCGGUUCUCCUUUUUGCCAACUAACAAACUUUUUGCAAUAUUUUUUGUGCCUUGAUGGUAACCGGCUAAGCGACACAGAGAGGGUCAAAUAGUGACAUGAACUCCGUCAGUUUUUCGGUCUUCGUAGGUAUCUUCCCUUCUAAGAGAGUUGGUGUGAUUCGAGUCAGGUUCAGGUUAAAGGUAAAUCCGUCUCUGCCGAGCAUCUAGAGUCUAGAUAACUUCUAGGACUCGUUCCAUUUUGUCUUGGUCACCAUAGAGUUUUGUCGGUAUACAAUGUAUCGAGCUUGUUUGUGAUAUUUUUUCCAAUUUUAUUUGAAUGUCACGUUUUUCCACCAAUGUUUUACGUUUAUCGUCUGUGUUAGAGCACUCAAAACCAGAUGACCUUAAAAUCUUGCGCAAUGUUUUUAUGCAGACCUAAAAUCGAUAUCUUUUUUUCAGAUAAGACUUCAUUAAGUUUUUUAAUGUUGGCAUUUCUUCAUAUUCUGUGAGAGAGGACAUCAUUGUCUUACGUAACACAGAUAUAUCAAAAUCUUCCAGAUAUAAUUUUGGACACGUGCGUUGUCUUUUUGAUGGUGAUUAAAAAAACAAUCCGUGGCAUGUCAGUUAAGGUGCUGGCUGCAGCGCGUUUCACCUCUUGUAGUAUGUUUGAUAUGAUAUGUCCGCUAUAACCAACUGCUGGGGCAGUGCGCCACAUGACAUCAUUCAAAUUUUGAACGCAGUUUUCAGCUUCAUGUUGCAAUCGGUGAUACAACUUAGCUAUAAUUCCUAUACCCUAUAAAAUCAUAACAAUGGGUAUUAGUGAAGAUAAUAUAUUUUAAGACGUAAACAUGAACACAUGAACAAUCUCAUAGCAAACGAGCUAAACAGUACGAGUUCUUUUCGUUAACAAAAUCAUUGGUUCUCCGAGUUAAGUAAGUAGUUAUUUACUUAACUCCGAAGAUACUUUUUCGUAAUCUUUGUUGUCAUAAUAUUUUUCUUUUCUGCUGACGGUACUUUGAGAACGAAGCGCGCCCACGGUUCAGCCUACCCGGUGCUUGUGUAAUCAACAACCAAUGUGUGUUGCAACACUCGCAUCUGAUUUUUUUACGUUGUCACAAGACUGAUGGCGUGUUCAGUUUUAGAUUAGACAAUCUACACUUAUAUAUUAUUUAAAUGAUAUGUUUUGUUAUACGCGCCAUUAAUUUUUAAAGAAGCGUUUGAUUAGACACUUGUUAUUUACUUUUCAACGUCACAGUUGUGUGUCAUGUGUGGAAGACAUAAAAGGAUUUGUUUCACAUAAAAGAAAUCAAAAAAGUAGAGCAUUUGCUUUAAAAUGAUUUAUUGCAUUGUAAUAUUAAAGCUACAAUGUUGAUAUAAUAUUCAUAAAAAAAUAUUAAUUAAUAUGUAACUAUACAAAAUAUAAUUGCUGUGCAUAAAGUUUAAAUGACAUAUAAAAAUAAUCAACUUACUGUGUUAUAGUAAAUCUGUUUUUUAUGAGUCAUAUAAAAUGUUGAGGUCACAGGUUAAAAUCCUGUCAGCGUUAUAACAAAUUUUAUAGAUCCUUAUCAAGAUUAUAUAUUUUGUUAACCUUUAAAGGCACUUUGGUGCUUGUGCGACUAACAGUUCUACUUAACAAUAACUACAUAACAAAAUGAACUGAGAAAUACAUCGUUACGUUCAUAGAAAAUAUUAAAACUAUAAGCAAUGUUGGCUAACAAUAAAAAAUAACAUUGAGGAACAAACAUUACGAUAAACAUGUACAGCUUGAGCUUUCCCUGUAUAUGAACAAACAAACAAAGGGUAACAUCACAUGAUCCGUCAACGAUAAAGUAUUGAACACAAACUGAACUUAACAUACUACCUAUAACUAGAGAGGUUAAGUACACAGGUUUACUUAAAACUAAAUUAACUCUGAUUGUGAAUAUAUAAAAAAUACUUAAUAACAUGAGUAGAGCAGUGACACACACCAUAGUGUUGGUGUCCCGUGCUCGUCUCUUCCUAUGUUAUGACAUGUAAAGAGAAUAACAAAUAUUAUAUAAUAAUACAAAGGAUGUUAGCUUGUAUUGACACAAAGUAGUGUGUAGGGACAUGUAACACGUUCAGCAACUGAUAAAAAUAUGAUAAUUUACAAGACUUACAGAACAUGUAUGACAUUCAAUAGUUUGGUGUGCAUUUAAAAUUAAUAUAAUGCAUUAGAAAAGUUUAUUCAACAAAAUUGUCACUAAGCUCGAAUUGAAGAUUCAGAUGUGGACCGUAUUACACUAGUGUCAUGUGUUAGUCAAACUAUGAUAGUGUAAUGUUAGGUGCAUGUUAGUUUUAAUAUCCUUCCCUGGUGACGGUGGUCUGUUUGGAGACGACCCUCGUGCCCUGAGCCAGCCCCCCGGCCCGAGCUGCUCUCCAUUUGAGGUAAGCAUCCACACAGUACGCCAAUGUACAGGAGAAACCAAAGAACUGAAAACCAUAUACAUUUUUAUAAAUAAUGUUAGGUUUUUUGGACUUGACUUUUGCAUCAUUCAUUAAUUACCAUGGUUAAACAAAAAGUGUACAUGUAAAACAAUGUGAAAUAACCUUAUACUCACAACAACGUCCUAUAGCACAAAUAUGAAAAAUGUAGUCAUACAAGAAAUUAAAUUAAGAAGGAUUUCUGGUACAUAUAUAGUUAAACUGAUGGAAUACAUUAAUAACAUUUAUUACGAUUGAAAUAUAUGAGGAAACACUAGAGAUAUUAGACUGACCGCUGCUGCCGCGUGGGGGUUGUCGUGUACGGUGACGGCGAGCACGGCAGCCAGAAGGUAGAGGAACGUCCACAGCGCCGUGAACAGCAGCUCGAUCUUCAACCACGGGAUCUUGUAGAACUUCUCCACGAUGUGGAACAGGUAGAAGCCCAGCAGGAUGCCGGUGAACCAGAACGCGAUCAUCGAUAUCCAGCUGAAGAACAGACCCUUGCUCGCGUUGUUGAAGUGAGAGAAUUGAAUGCAGAUGAAACCCAGCAGACUGAACACCUGGAGUGUCAAUAAUCGACUGGUGUAGUGGCGGGCAGCAUGGCUGCAGCCGCCAUGGCAGCUACUGGGAACGUACCAUCCGGCAGCAUUAUAGCUAGAGCAACAUCCAUGGCUAUGAGAGCCUAAGGUUACUCCAUGGAUUUCGGUGUUGCUAAACUGUGAGCCCAAUAAAUGCUGUCAUUAGAAA